AGAUAUAGAGGGAGAAGAAGAGACGUAUGUGACUGAUAUAAAGGCAGAAGAUAUAGAGGGAGAAGAAGAGACGUUUGUGACUGAUAUAAAGGCAGAAGAUAUAGAGGGAGAAGAAGAGAUGUAUGUGACUGAUAUAAAGGCAGAAGAUAUAGAGGGAGAAGAAGAGACGUAUGUCAUUGAUAUAAAGGCAGAAGAUACAGAGGGAGAAGAAGAGACGUAUGUGACUGAUAUAAAGGCAGAAGAUACAGAGGGAGAAGAAGAGACGUAUGUGACUGAUAUAAAGGCAGAAGAUACAGGGGGAGAAGAAGAGACGUAUGUGACUGAUAUGAAGGCAGAAGAUAUAGAAGGAGAAGAAGAGACCUAUGUGACUGACAUAAAGGUAGAAGAUAUAGAGGGAGAAGAAGAGAUGUAUGUGUCUGAUAUAAAGGCAGAAGAUAUAGAGGGAGAAGAAGAGACGUAUGUGAGGGGUGAUCAGCAGUGUAAGGAGGAGGAGAUCCCUACAGAUAUCAGCACAGCAGAUGAACACACAAGCAGGAAUAUCUCAGAAGGACAUCUAAUAUCAUCCCAGGAUUGUGAAAUAAAAGAUGACAGUAGACAGGAUUCUCCAGGAACUAAUCUCAUUACCCCAAUUGUACAUCCAGCUCUAUCAGCUGAUCCCUCUGAUCCUGGGAAAUGUUCUCCUGAUCACUCUGAUAUUGGUGCAUCUGUUCCAGCUCUGAGAGUAGAUACAGAGUUUCCCUGUUCUAUAGAUGCCAGAUGUUUUACACAGAACACAAAGCGUAUUACCCAUCAGCCAGUUAAGGCAGGCGAGAGGCAAUUUCCAUGUUCUGAGUGUGGGAAAUGUUUUGCACGGAAAUUAUUUCUUGUUCACCAUGAGAGAAGUCACACCGGAGAGAAGCCAUUUUCUUGUUCCGAGUGUGGAAAACGUUUUUCACACAAGUCAUAUCUUGUUAUGCAUGAGAGAAGUCACACCGGAGAGAAGCCAUUUACAUGUUUUGAGUGUGGAAAAGGUUUUUCACAGAAAUCAACUCUUGUUCAACAUGAGAGAAGUCACACCGGAGAGAAGCCAUUUACAUGUUCUGAGUGUGGGAAACGUUUUGCACUUAAAUCAACUCUUGUUAGACAUGAGAGAAGUCACACCGGAGAGAAGCCAUUUACAUGUUCUGAGUGUGGGAAAUGUUUUACACAGAAAUCGAAUCUUGUUCAACAUGAAAGAAGUCACACCGGAGAGAAGCCAUUUUCUUGUUCUGAGUGUGGAAAAGAUUUUUCACACAAGUCAUAUCUUAUUAUACAUGAGAGAAGUCACACCGGAGAGAAGCCAUUUUCAUGUUCUGAGUGUGGGAAACGUUUUGCACUUAAACCAACUCUUGUUAGACAUGAGAGAAGUCACACCGGAGAGAAGCCAUUUUCAUGUUCUGAGUGUGAAGAAUGUUUUACACAGAAAUCAACUCUUGUUAGACAUGAGAGAAUUCACACAAGUGAGAAGCCAUUUCCAUGUUCUGAGUGUGGGAAAUGUUUUACACGGAAAUCACAUCUUGUUCAACAUGAGAGAACUCACAGAGGUGUGAAGCCAUUUGCAUGCUCUGAGUGAUUAAUAAAUCAGCUCUUGUUGGACACAGUAGACAUCACACAGGUGGGGAACCAUUUUAAUCUUCUGGAGUAUACUCAUCUUCACCAUUUCCCUGCAUUGUUCCUUCAGGUUUUAUCCUAUGUCCUGUGUUUUUUUUUUUACAAUAUACAUGCUGCUACUGGGUGAAAUAAUAAGACGUCAUGUCCUCCUUUACCUCUACUAUGCAGAUAACCUGUCUUUGCUCCGGGUACUGAAAACAAUACCAAUACUAAAUGUCUAGCUGAGCUCCAGGUGUGGGUGAUGCCAGUAGGCCGUGACUCAGUCCUAGUGAAACAGGUCCAUAUGCUAAUGCAUGCCGACUCUCCUGUCUUCUGAUUACUUCCUCCCAUGCCUAUCCAAGAUUUUUCACGUGCUGCUCCCUUUCUCUGGAAUUCUUUACCUCUCCCCCUCAGACUGUUACCAGCAGUACCAAGAAUCUGCCGUAAUUAAUUUGUGGUUGAUCUGUUAGCUAUGCAGCCCUGACCAUGGAACCUGCUGCCUCCCACAGUCCAAGAGACCUCCACCCUGGUGACCACAAACAGACUGAUGACUGUUACUCACAUGUUUCAUUAAUGUUCCUUCACUUCCUAAAUAUACAUCCCACAUGCUGAGGUCUUUAUUCUGUUCUACUUAUUGUCUAUCUUG